GGGUUAAGGGGAAAAAAAGCGGUACCGUACCGUACCGUUCAGGAAAAACCCCUUAAAACCCGCUUCGCCUUGCUCCACUCAGUCCAUCAUUCCAGAAACCGCUCGAAGCAGACGAGGAUGUACACGAGAACAGCUGCUUCCAAAUGGUUGAAGCGAUUGAGCUUUCGUUCUACAGCAUUCAAUCGCACUUCCGAAACUCCCACUUCUAUCAACGUGCCGAUCUUCUCCUCCCGCUGCAAUGUGAAAUCUUCUUCUCGCAAUAAUAGCAAUGACUAUCGCGAUGGUUAUCUCAAUGGUUUUCCAUGGGUUCUUUUCUCUGGACCUGCUGCAGCUAUAAUUCUUGGAAUAAACUCAAAUCCUGUCUUAGCUAAAGACGCACCCUCUAAGCCAAGUUCUGAAAAUGGUAUUGAGGAGAGUGACACUAUUGGACUACGCAAAGUGGAGGAUGGUUCUGUAAUUUCAAAUCUACAUACUUCAAAGUGGAGGGUUUUUACUGAUAAUGCUCGGGACUUGUUUCUGCAGGGGAAACUUGAAGAAGCUGAAAGAUAUUUUGUUUCUGCGAUUCAAGAAGCUAAAGAAGGUUUUGGGGAGAGGGAUCCUCAUGUUGCUUCUGCCUUCAACAAUCUGGCAGAACUGUAUAGAGUCACGAAAACAUUUGACAAAGCAGAGCCCAUGUAUCUGGAGGCCAUCAACAUAUUGGAGGAAUCCUAUGGCUCUGAAGAUAUAAGAGUUGGUUCUGCACUUCACAACCUUGGACAGUUUUAUCUAGUUCAGAGGAAGCUAAAAGAAGCCGGCAAUUGCUAUGAGCGAGCAUUGAAGAUCAAAGGUCAUGUUCUCGGAUAUGGCCAUGUUGAUUAUGCGGAUACUAUGUACCAUCUUGGAACAGUGCUAUACCUUUUGGGGGAGGAAAAAGAUUCUGAGGCCCUGAUCCAGGAUUCCAUAAGGAUACUGGAGGAAGGUGGCCUAGGUGAGUCAUUUCUUUGCGUCAGAAGAUUGCGAUAUCUUGCUAAGAUAUAUAUGAAGUCUAAUAAUCUCUUUGAAGCUGAGAAUGUGCAAAGAAAAGUUUUGCACAUUAUGGAAUUAUCAAAGGGCUGGAAUUCUCUGGAAACUAUAAAUUCUGCUGACGGCUUGGCGUCAACGUUAUAUGCCAAUGGAUGCUUGAAUGAAGCACAGGAGCUUUUUGAAAGGUGUCUUGAUGCACGGAAAACCUUACUUCCUAAGGACCACAUCCAGAUUGGUGCUAACAUGCUUAACAUUGCUCGAGUGGUAAUGCAAAGUUCCAAAGAACUAAAGGCGACUGAUAUUUCUAAAGCAGUUAUUGGAAUUGAUAAAGCUGAAGAACUUUUAAGUAACUCUAUAAGGAUAUCACGAGGAGUAUUAGAUAAAAUAAGCAAGCAUGGUGAGAAGAAAAAAAAUCAUGAAGAUGGAGAAACUAGAAGGGACGGGCGUACUGCACUUCUCAUACUGUUACAGUCCCUUGAUGCUCUAGGACAUUUGGAAAUCAUCGUGCAAGAGAUGAAAGUAUCAAAGGAGGAUCCUUCGCUUGUGCAGGCUGAGAAUGUUCUCUUUGAAUGCAUUUCUGCUUAUCAAAAGUUCAAAGGUUCAACUUUUGAAACUCCUGAAGUCAAGGCUGAGUACUUCUCUUGUUUGAAGCGUCUCUCGAUCCUGAUUAGCGAUGACAAGACGAGUAGGCAGAGAAGAAUGAGUUCACAAGAUCUACAGGAUGAAAUCAGUCGCCUUGAGGUCGAAUUGUCUCCAUACAGAAAACAAAAAAGUUAAAAAUCUUGUUACUUAUUCAGGCCUGGAACAUUAGUAUGGCUUAAUGGCUUCUCUUCAUCUACCGCAGCAACAUGGGAAGGUUCCCUACUAACUUCAUCUCUCUUCCAUUUCUUAAUUAUUUAUGUUGGUUUUUUUUCCCAUUUCCCUAUUCUGCAUAUUGGCGCAAGCCUUAAAGUGAUGUUUACUUGCAAUAAAAGAGCUGCUUGGUAAUCUUUUUUCUUCUCA